CACGCCUUGGGAAACCACAAAACACUAAAACAGCCGUCCCGCAAAACGAAGACACUUCUGAACAUUUUGUUUACUUGAACUCGUAUCCAUUUAAGUUCGCGUUAAGUCGACCACCUUUCGCAAAGUACUUAACUUUACAUUCAGUAUUCUAAGUUAUAAUGGCUGACGUUUUAGACUUGAACGCUGAAGAUUUUGUGGAAGAAGAUGACGAAGGUGUCUCAAAACUUAAAGAUAAAGCCAGAAGAAGGAAAGGACGUGGAUUUGAUGAUAGAUCUAAAAGAGAUGAUAUUAAAGAUGAAGACAUGGAAUUUGAUUCUGUGGAUCAAAAUGAUGAUGAUGGCCCUGGACCUCAAAGAUCGGUUGAAGGUUGGAUUUUAUUCAUUUCUUCUUUACAUGAAGAAGCACAAGAAGAUGAUUUACAUGAUAAAUUUGCUGAAUUUGGAAAAAUUAAAAAUCUUCAUUUAAACUUGGACCGUAGAACUGGAUUUUUAAAAGGUUAUGCGUUAGUUGAAUAUGAGUCAUAUAAGGAAGCAUCUAGAGCACGUGAAGGACUUAAUAACACCGAUAUUUUGGGACAACAAAUAAGUGUAGAUUGGUGCUUUGUAAAAGGAGCAAAAAGAAUUAAAAAAUCAAGACGUCGUAUGGCUAAUUAUUAAUCAAGUAAUU